ACCGGAAGUAGGAAGUGUUUAUAGCAGGAAGCUAAGCUAACAAACAAACCACCAAAACUUAGGCAACCCAAACCCUGUAGAGGCUUCAGACUCUGGAGGAGCCGCCGGUGUGAUUUUUUUCUGUUUUUGCAGGGUUUCUUCAGGAGUCAGGAUGAGUCUGCAGUGGACGGCCGUGGCCACCUUCCUCUACGCUGAGGUUUUCCUUGUUCUGCUUCUCUGCAUCCCGUUCAUCUCACCCAAGAGGUGGAAUAAGAUCUUUAAGUCCCGUCUCAUGCAGACCAUCGCCCUCUACGGAAACACUUCGUUCAUGGUGGCCAUCGCCAUCCUCGUCUUCCUCCUCAUCGAUGCGUUUCGUGAGGUGAGGAAGUACGGCGUUCCUGAGAAGGUGGACCUGGCCAACAACCCGACGGCCAUCGAACACAUCCACAUGAAGCUGUUCAGAGCUCAGAGGAACCAGUACAUCGCCGGCUUCGCUCUGCUGCUCUGCCUGUUGCUGCGCCGCCUCGCCACGCUGCUCUCCCAGCAGGCAUCACUCAUGGCCUCCAACGAAGCCUUUAAGAAGCAGGCGGAGGGCGCCAGCUCUGCUGCCAAGAAAUACAUGGAGGAGAACGAAGUACUGCAAGAGGUGAUGGACACACACACGUUGAUGUGCAUCCCACCCGAGGGCGAGGCGGGGACCGAGGUACCCGUGAAGGUGUUGAACUGCGACACGGUGACGCAGGUCAAAGACAAGCUGCUGGACGCCGUUUACAAAGGGAUCCCGUUCUCACAGAGACCUCAGGCCGACGACAUGGACCUCGGUAAGAUGGACAGCGACUACACCAGACGACCGAGUGGUUUUAUUGUUGAACUCUGGCUGUAA